AUGGAUAAUAAGCAAGAAUCUAAACAAAUUGAUUUUGAUAUAAUUAUAUUAGAUGAAGUAGGUGCUUUGGCUAAUGAUUUGAUUGUGCUUUUUUCUAAAAAGUAGAUGAAUUCUAGUGACCGAACAUUUAAAAGGACUAUUCCUGUUGCUUAGCAUGAUGCUAAAAUAAUCCUUAAUUUAAAGAACAGGAAGAUGUUCAAUUUGAAUAAUUAAAGCGAAAGAGAAGAGUAUUUUUUAUGUGAUGGAGUAAUAAUAUGUUUAGAUUUAAGCUCCAUGACAUCAAUAGAGCCUUUAGAAAGACAAAUUAAAAUAUUAAAAAAUUAUAACAGCUAAGAUGUAUCUGCUAUAGUAGUUGCGUAUUCUAAAAAUAACCAAGAUUCUAAAUUUAAUUUUUAAGAUAUCUAAAAUUAUUGCAAUAAUCUUAAAGUUUAGUUUAUUAACAUUAAUCCUGAAACUAAAUUAGAUAUUUCUUAGAUAUUUAUUGAUUUAUUUGCUUCUUCUAAAGUUUUUACCCAAAUCUAAAAUGGAGACUAUACAAAAAAGUUAAAGACAAAAAAAACGAAAAAAUUUGAUGUCAAAAAUUUGAUCAAAAGAAUCACAACAACCUUCAUUUUUUAUUUAAUAAUUUACUUUUUUUUCCCAGACAUGUUCAGUAAAAAAGAAGAUUAAUAGUAAAAAAGUAGUUGA